AACAAAGCCAUGAACUUGUAAAAUGGGUCAAAUCUAAUACUAUUUAUUGGUUUUAUGUGUACUCGAUUUGUGUUAAAGUUAGAUUUGCAACUGGGACAUUUAAGUAUCUACUCCAAUUCCAACUGCCUAGACUUGGAUAGAUGAUGAGGUUGAAACCUUACAUACCACUGCAGGUAGAACGACAAUAACAAUGGCCGCAGAAACAGCCAGUCAUGCGGGAGGCGGGAAUAUGGCAAAGGGCAUGGAUAGCAACAUGAACCUGGAUGGUGGGGCAGUGAAUUCUAACAAUCAGAUCACAGAGAUGCAUGCGGCAGCUGUUAAUGGUGACAAGCCUGGCUUGGCUAAACUUCUUGUUUCAAAUGCCAAGCACCUUGAUGCAGGGGAUGUGUUUGGCAGGACACCCCUGAUGUUCUGUGUGCUGGCAGACAGGCUGGACUGUGCAGACCUGUUGCUAAAAGCAGGAGCACAGGUGAACAAGAAAGACAAAGGAGGCAGAACUGCUUUGCAUUGGGCAUCUCAUAAGGGUAAUUUUCGCUGCAUGAAGCUAUUGCUGUCCAAGGGUGCCAACUGGAAGGAAAAGGAUAAUGAGGGUCAAACUGCAAUGCAUUUGUCAACAAGGCAUAAGUCACCUAAGUGCUUGGCUCUCAUUAUGAAGCAGCUGGAGCCUGGGGAAAUAGAUGACCAAGAUAAAAAUAAGAGAACGGCCCUACAUUGGAGCGCUUCCUAUGGAAACCUGGAACAUAUCCGAAUGCUGAUAAAACAGAAUUCUAAUAUAGGUAUACCUGACAUUGAGGGAAAGACCCCCCUACAUUGGGCUGCAAGUAGCAAGGAUGCCUCAGCUGUCAAUUGUGUCAGACUAAUACUGGAGACAGCCCCAAGUGUAAUUAACUGGCAGGAUUAUGAGGGUCGAACAGCGCUACAUUUGGCCGUAGCAGAUGGAAAUGAGGCAGUUGUUGAUGCUUUGACGUCACUGGCAAAGUGCAAUGUGUCUGCCUUGGACAACAUGUUCAGGACCCCUCUGCAUUGGGCAGCUGUAUUAGGUCAUUCCAGGAUUGUCGAUGUAUUGCUUACUAAAAAAGCAGAGUAUUCUAGCUCUGAUUCCAAUGGUGCUACCCCUCUACAUUACGCUGCACAGAAUAACUUUGCUGCAACGGUUGAGGUGUUUUUGAGUCAUAAAGCUGUAACAGAUGAGCCAGAUGUGGAAGGAAGAACUGCCUUUAUGUGGGCUUGUGGAAAGGGUGCCAAUGAUGUCAUAAAAGCAUUUGUUAAAUCACGGACAGAUUUGCACCUUGUCGACAAGAAUGGAGGCUCAGCCCUCCAUGCUGCAGCCCUGUCUGGCCAUGCUGCCUCAGUGAAGUUACUGCUGGAAAGUGGGUCACAAAUAAACACUAUAGAUCUCCUGAAACAUACUCCAUUAUUCCGUGCCUGUGAAAUGGGACAUACUGAUGUAGUUCAUGUCCUCAUCGACAAAGGGGCAAAAGUUGAGGUGACAGAUCAAGAUGGAAGAUCACCUUUGCAUUGGGCUGCACUAGGAGGCCAUGCCUACAUCUGCCAGACCCUCAUCAAGUAUGGAAUAGAUCCCAAUGUUCGAGAUCACUCAGGAAGGUGCCCCUUACAAUGCGCUGCCUAUGGUGGCUUUGUCAACUGUAUGUCCGUCCUCAUAGAAAGCAAAGCAGACCCUGACUCCCAAGAUAAUGAAGGGAUGUGUGCCCUCCAUUGGGCAGCAAGUAAAGGGCAUCUAGAUGCUGUGAAGCUGCUCAUUGAAUACAAAGCCUUCCCUAACCAUAUGGAAUUCACAGAAGACAGGUAUACUCCCCUAGAUUAUGCAUUGAUGGGGGAGCACACAGAGGUCUCCCAGUAUCUCCUUGAGCAGGGAGCUCUCUCCAUCACUGGCAUUCAAAAUAUUGCUGCAUCAAAAAUUCAGUCAAGCUUCAGAGGGUUUCGAGUUCGGCGGACAUUCUUGGAAAGGAAAAAAUUGCUGUUUAAACAUGAACAGCUUCGCAAGGAUGCCGCAAAGAAAAAAGCAGAAGAAGAGUAUAAGAAGAGCUUUGACCAGAGGAACAAGAAAGAGGUGUCUGAGAGACUAAAGGUAGAGAAGCUGCUGUUUGUGGAACCUAAGAAGACCAAGGAACAACUUGCUGAAGAGGAGAGAAAGAAACUUGAAGCUCAACAGAGAGCUGAGGAAGCAGAGAGGCUCAAAGAGAAACAACCUAAAAUUCACAGGAGGAAAAAGGGUCCUCAAUAUACAGAAGAAGAGAUGAAGGCCAUGCAGAUGAAAGAGAAUAGAGAGAUAGUUGCAACAGAAAGGGAACGCUUGAAUGAGUUCAGGUCAAGGCAACAUGCAGCUCAUGUUAUACAGAGAUCUUGGAAAUUGUAUAAAUUUCGCACUAAGGGAAUAUUAAAAACAGCAUCUGAAGCUAUUAAAGACAAGAGACUUGAACUAGGAGAGGACAACUGGAAAAGGGAAAUAGCAGCACUGACAAUACAAUUAGCCUGGAGAAAAUUUUAUAGGAAAAAACUUUUAAAAAGUUUAUCAGGGAAAAAUAGGAAAAUUAUCCAUAUGUGGGAUCCAAAUGUUAUAGCUGCCAAACAACAAAAACUUUUAGAACAAAUAUACACUGAACAUAUAGAAGCUCCAGAGUGGCACCCAAAGCUUCACCGCCCUGCGCGGCCAUCCUGGUUCAAAUAUGUCCCUUCAGCUGCUGCCUUAUCAUACAACUUUGCCAUAGACCAAUACCAUCCACUAGUGCCAAGAAAUGGUACUUCUUCACAUGUAUCCCGUCAUGAAGAUGAUCGACUCAGGACUAGCACCCGGGGCAGUGGAGGGUCAUGGUCACCAGAUAACAAUACAGAGGACUUCCAAAACAUGAAAUUAACAGAUAGUCAGAAUGCUAAUAAUUACUCAUACAAUAUGUAUGAGCAUUAAUGUUUGAGUAUUGCCACAAUAUUAGUAUAUCAUGAGUAUCUGAGUGCCUCAAACUAUACAGAAGUAUGUUAGUGCCUUAGUAACACUGCUACUAUAGUACUGGAUGUGUUAGUGCCUUGGUAACACUGCUACUAAUAUAGUACUCAAUUAGUUUAUUAUGUGAAUACUAAUGUACAAGUUAGGAAACCACAUACAGAAAAUUACAUACACAAAUGAUGUCCAUAGAAAGAAACAUUGUCAUUGAAAUCAAAUGGAGUUCAAAAAUUUUAGUUUUACUUUCCAGUGUUAAAGAAUUUUGAAUCUCCCUACUUUGUGAUGUAAAUGUGGUAUUUCAAGUAGCAUUGCUCUAGAUAAGUAACCUACAGGAUUAAACUGAGUGACUGUUCAAUGCUUAUCUUAUGUUAAAGUAAUCCUUAUUUAAAAUAUCAG